AUCAUCCUCCAUCCAUUUUAAGGAUGUCCAUCGUUCGCGCACCUCAGGUCUGCAGCUUGCAAGCUGCACCAAUUUCCAAGACCCUUGUGUUUCGACCUUGCACUACUCGCGCAGCUGGACGUACGCUUGCUCCAACUGAGCAAAGAGAUGCCACUAGUCGUACGUUGGUGAUAUCAUUCGCCAAGGGCGGCAAGGGUGGCAAGGGCGGCAAAGCAGAGACUGCAGUGAAGGAGGAGAAGGGCGGCAAGGCAGCCGCGGGCGGCGUUGAUGUCCAAAAGAUUUCAGCAGACGCAAAGAAGGACGCGGACGAGCGGAUGAAGAAGUGCCUCAACGUGGUGGCUGAUGGCUUCAACACCAUUCGCACAGGCCGUGCCAACCCCGCCAUAUUGGACAAAAUCACGGUGGAUUACUUUGGCGCACCCACGCCGCUGAAGCAGAUGGGCGCUGUGACGGUGCCAGACUCGCAGACGCUCAUGAUCGCGCCCUUCGACCGCAGUACCCUCAAAGACAUCGAGCGCGCCAUCCAAGAGUCCGACAUCGGCAUCAACCCCAACAACGACGGCGAGCGAAUUCGGCUGGUUAUGCCGCCCAUGACACAGGAGCGGCGCAAGGACCUGGCUAAGCAGGUCUCCAAGAUGACCGAGGAUGGCAAAGUAGCGGUGCGCAAUGUGCGAAAGGAUGCCAUGAAGAAGGUCGACAAGGUCGAGCUCCCGAAGGAUGACAAGAAGGCGCUGGAGGACGACAUCCAGAAGCUAACCGACUUGUACGUCAAGAAGUUGGACGACAUGGCCAAGGCGAAGACGGAUGAGGUCAUGAAGCUCUGA